AAAUGCAAUAGAAAGCAUAUUUUUAAUAAUGGGACUAUUUAUACUGUAUAAUUUUACAUAUUUUGUUUUUUCCAUUACUUUUCAAUUGUAUUCAUUUUUUAUUUACGUUAUUUGUAGUGACUUCACCUACAUUUUCUCCCCAUUUAUUUCCCUGAACUUACUGAUUUAUGAGAUUGCUAGACAACUGGGGCACUUGCUCAGUCUAGCUAAAGAUAACUUAAAAUGGAAAAACAAAAUGAGAAAGUAAAAAUAGGAAAAUAAAAUUGAAGGUAACCAAACAUGGUCAAUUGUUUUUCAAUUUCAGCCCUCCACAGUCAUCAAGAUUUAACUUUAAGUACAGGUAAAUAUGUGAUGCAAACACAGUUAGUUGCAGGAACGGAUGCAGCAAGCCCCCAAAAUUGGCCCCGAGUGCAGCAACAAGUUAUCAGUUCAGACAGGAAGGCUGCACAUCAAAGUCAGAAAAACACCAACCACAGAAAACAGAAGUAGCUUUUGACUUCCCUUCCGCAAAGUAUUGCUUCCUGAUGUCUUUCUAUGAAAAACAUCAGUGAAUUUGCAGCACCUGACCAUGCUGGAGGAGCACAAGGAGUGUUUGGAUAAGAGAGGUAGCAUUAGCAAAAUUCACAGCAAUGAAUUUUACACAGCGGUCAUGGAAGAGGACUUGCAACGCAUUGAAGACUUGAUUGAGAAACAUGGGAGCAAUUUCCUCAUUGAGCCACAAGGCAAAGUAUAUAAAGAAGCCUUCUGCAAGGGCUUUGCUAUUCUUCCCCUUCACCUGGCUGCGUCUUACAGAAAAAUCCACAGCAUGCAGAGUCUUCUGUCUGCAGGAGCAGACACUGAAUUCAGAGAUAUGCUUGGUCGAACCCCGCUGCACUUGGUGAUAAUUGGUUGGCCAAGCAUCCUGAAUACGUCCCAAAAACCAGAUUCCAAGUUCCAGACUAAAGUGAUCGGUGUGUGUACAAAGGCAGAGGCCUGUUUAAGGCUCCUCUGUGACCAUGGUGUAAACAUCAAUGCUAAGGUGGAGGGAAAAGGCCACCAGACAGCUCUUCACAUAUCAGUACGCUACAGAGCACUAUCUGCUGUCCAAAUACUGGCAUGCUAUGGUGCUGAUGUUAAUGCUGUGGAUGUCAGUGGGAUGGCACCUCUGCAUAUGGCUGCUGGGAUACUGCAUAAGAAUAUUAUUGCCAGUCUGCUCAGGCAUGGCGCAAAUGUUAACAUGGGAGUGCAGCACACUGGGAACACCCCUCUACACCUCGCUGCUGUGGCAAUGGCUACAAAGACCACUAAAACCCCAGAAGACGCCAUUAGCAGCAUCACUGAGCUGCUCGAACAAGGCGCGGAGCCCAAUGCAGUGAACAAGGCUGGCAUGACACCUUUACACGAGGCAUGUAGCAUGGGAAACGAGGAGCUUGUAGACCUGCUGCUGAGCUACGGAGCUAGCAUCUAUAAGCUAAGCGAAGCAGGGGAGAACUGUCUGUACCUUUUCCUGAACAACAUGCCUAAUGUGAGAAAUGUUUCUCUGCUAGUGAAGCUCCUCAGCCUGACCUCACCGCUUACUGUCUACAACCAAAAAGGCCACCUGCCCUUAACCUUGACAAAACCAUGUUUCUUUAAACAGAGAGACUACCUCAUGGACCUAACUCGACAGCCAAGGAGACUUCAGGAUAUUUGUAAGAGUGACAUUUAUCUAACACACGUCAGAGGCAAGAGAGAAGAAAUUAGGAAAAUCCUUCCUGACAAGCUGUACGAAUUUAUCUUCAACCAUUGGGAGAAUGUACACAACAUCUCCUUUGUGACAGACAGUGAACAGGAAUAUGUUAAAUAAUAAUUUCAUAUUACUCCAAGCAGACACCAGUUCAAACUCCACCUGACUUUAAACGUUUGCAUCAAACCGCUAACUAACCUUAAAAUAGCAGAGGUGUGGAUAAAAGAA